AUGUCGGACCUUCCAGGCCAGCGAUAUGGAGAGCCAGAUCAAGGGAAUGCGUUUGCAAAUGCCUGGGAGCUUUAUUUUGCGAACCCCGCUCGACCUGGCGCCGUUCGUCCCAGACUGACAUUGUCUUCCUCCAGCUAUGAGGAGCAGAGACUGUGCCAAUACAAACCCAUUCAUUCAGCUACGACUUUUGAGAGGACUUGGGGUUGGAGCGAAGAUCUGUGUAACAUGACAGAUGUGGUGAAAGUUAUCGUGGGACCCGAACAGAAGGCCACAUGGGUGCUUCACGAGGCCCUCUUGACCUCGGUCUCGGAGUUUGCAAGGGCGGCUUUGUCUCACCCUUGCAUGGAGAAGGAAGAGCGAGUCAUUCGACUACCAGAGGAGGACCCUACGACGUUUGGGAACUUUGUUCGGUUUCUCUACACCAAAGUGAUUUGGGAUUCCCCGAGGACUGGCCUGGUACUUGAUCGCGUUCUCGCCCUUUACAUGCUUAGUGACAGGCUCCAAGUUCAGAGCCUCUGCAAGCAAAUUUUCUCCGAUCUGUUUUUCCGGGUUGACCUCUUGAACGCAUCGCAGGUUCUCUAUGUUCUCGAAAACACCGCUCCACCAGAUCCUCUCCGGUAUGCCUGCCUCGAACGCACCGUUAGAGCCAUUCAGUCCAAGUCGCCCUUUUUGAUAAGCCCGGUUGCUGCAGACCUUUGCCGCGAUCAUGGUUCAGAGAUACUGGCUGUUACGAUGGGCAAGUACAAAGAAGUGAUUCUGGCACCACCUUCGGAGACAGGACAGGAGGUUCGCGUCGAGGAAACCGAUCCGGAACCAGCUGUGGAGGCCGACCAGGAGCCAGGCGGCGUACACAUCAACGGAGGCACUUGA